ACUUGAUCCACUCGUCAUUUCUCUUUUCCUGUCGCCAUCAUCAUAAUCCCUCCUCUUCAUCGCCCGCUUCUCUGCUCCACUCUCUCUUUUACUCUUGCUCUCAUCCACUACUCCUGUACUAUCCCCAGCCCCGUCCCCCACCCGCUUCUUCACAGCAAAAGCUCACACAGCUCAGCUGCAAACUCCCAUCGCGUUUCUUCGGCGCCCCUCACCAGUUCUUCACAACCCCGGGGGGGAAGACGGUCGCCUGACCGCCCGCGUUGAUCGCUUCUCUUCUCCCCACAGGGGUACUUAGCCCACCAUGCAAGUCGUCAAGGAUAUCGCCUUGCGCAUGCUCAAUGCAUACGUAUCGCCCUACGUCGAGAACUUGAACCCCAAUGAUCUCCAGCUAUCCGUGCUCGCAGGCAAGGCAGAAUUUCAUGAUUUGCGCCUCAAGAAGUCGGUUCUGGAGCGCUUUGGUCUUCCCGUCGAGAUUGUCGCUGGCGAUAUCGGUAAAUUGUCCAUCACCAUCCCAUGGCAGGCAAUUAAGAAUCAGCCGGCGCGCAUCGAAAUUGAUGACAUUUACGUGCUUGCGCGUGCGCGGACCCAAGGCAAGAUUGACCCAGACGAGGACGCGCGCAUCGAGCAAGCCACCAAGCAAGAGCGGUUGCGGCGCGCCGAGGCCGUUGAUAACGCCACCUCCGAGGUGCAGGAAGGUCACGGCGAUGAUCAGAAAGAGACGUAUCUCGGAGCGAUCACGACCAAGAUUAUCAACAAUGUGCAGAUCCACAUCCGGAAUAUUCACAUGCGCUACGAGGACGGCUCCAGCACGCCGGAGCACCCCUUCGCCGCCGGCCUCACCAUCUCCGAGUUCAAGAUGGUGUCUACUGAUGAGAACUGGGUCGAAACCUUCCUUCAGAACAACGUCAAGGACGUCCACAAGUUGGCCAAGCUCAGCGCACUGUCACUCUACUUUGACACCGACUCGGGUAGUCUCGACAAGGGCGCCGAUAAUCAAAAGGCGACUAUUCAGGCGCUCAAGACGAUGCUGUCCAACCGGGUGGAGCACCAGUACAUCCUCAAGCCCGUUACCGGCGAGGCGCGACUCGUCAUCCACCGCACAAUGACAAACGAGCAACCGAAGUUUGACAUCAACGUUCUCUUUGACGAGAUUGGCGUAGUCCUCGAUGGCGCCCAGUACCGCGACGCCCUUUCCAUUGUCGAUAUCUUCCACUUCUACCACCGCACCCAUCAAUACUACAAGUUCCGCCCACCAGAGGAGGACUUCAAGACCAAUCCAGCAAAAGCCAGGUGGAAGUACGCGCUCAACGCUAUUCGAGCCGAAGUCCACGAUCGUAACCGCCGCUGGUCUUGGGACUACUUCGCCGAGCGACGUGAUCAGCGCAAGAAGUAUGUUGACCUUUACGUCAGACGGCUGGCGCUUCCAGAAGGACAAACGUUGCCACCAGAAGAGGAAACGGAGCUGGAUGACCUCGAAAAGAAGCUCUCGUAUGAGGACAUUCGCUUCUUUCGUUCGGUCGCUCGCGUCGCAGCAAGGAAGGAUGCGGCCACGCGGCGGCGGCUUGAAGCAGAGCAGAAGAAGCACCAGCCCGUGGCCCAGACUUGGAGCCAGUGGCUAUGGGGCUCUAGCGCGCCAUCCCAGGACGAAGACAACACUGCAAAGAUUACCGAGGACGAGCAGAAGGAGAUUGACGACAUCAUCGACUACAGUGCGUGGUCGGCCGAGGAGAGCAGCCACAGCGGGGCGCGCGAUAUCAUGCACAUGCGUGUGACGGCAACCCUCAAUAAAGGCUCGUUCUCCCUGCGAACCGACCCUCACGGCUCCAACCUCGACGUAACGGCCCUAGUGUUCGACUCCUUCUCGGCCGACUUUGUGCAGCUCACGGACUCAAUGAAGGCGCGCAUGGCGCUCGGUGGUUUCCGAGUGUACGAUGGAACGACACCAAACUCGCUCUACCCGCAGAUUGUGCGCGUAAAGGAGCUUGAGGGCGACCGCCGCUCGUCUAUCGCGAAGCAAAGCAGCGUGCAGCAGGCCGGUGGUACAGCCCAGGCAUUGGCCGAGAUCGGCGCCAAACUUGAUCCAUCUGCCGAUCCUUUCUUUGUGCUCGAAUUUGAGAACAAGCCGCUCGACGGGCGAGCAGACAACGCUGUCUCUGUCAAGAUGCGCCACUUGGAGAUCAUCUACCACCGGAACUAUGUGGAGGCGGUAAUGGCCUUCUUGAAGCCACCAGCGAGCCAGCUCGAAUCCAUUAAUGCCCUUCUUGAUGCCGCAGGCGAGACUCUUGAUGGCAUCCGGAAGGAGACACGCGCUGGGUUGGAAUACGCUCUCGAACAGCAUAAGACCUUGGACAUGCACGUCGACAUGAAUGCGCCCAUCAUCGUCAUUCCAAUGGAUGUCACCCAGAAGAAUUCCCAGGUUCUGGUCCUGGAUGCUGGUCACAUCGCGGUUGACAGCAAGCUUGCAGACCAGGAGCAGCUGAACGAGGUGCAGGCCAAGCGCGGUCGUCAAUACAGCGACGAUGAUUACAAGCAGCUGGAGGAGCUCAUGUAUGAUCGCGUCCUGCUCAAACUGGACUCGACACAGCUUCUGAUGGGCGACGACAUUGAAGCAUGCUUGAACGCGCUGAACCGCCCACAUACAGCUGGCGAUGGCCCGGAUCUGCAUAUUGUCGAGCGCAUCAACAUGUCGUUCACUGUGCAGAACGCGAUUGUUAACGCUCCAACGCUAACCAAGUUCAAGAUUUCUGGCGAGCUUCCAGAGCUCCAGGUCAACUUCUCAGACCGCAAGUACCAGAGCCUCAUGAAGUUCAUCGACGUCGCUAUUCCGCACUUUGGCGAUGACGACGACGUCGAUGAGGAGAGAGCCGCCGAGGCGAAGAUCAUUGCCGCACCACUAUCGCCCGCCUUCCAGCGCCGAGAACUCAUCGAGUACAACCUUGAUGACAGACACGAGACAAAGUCCGUGUCGUCGCACCAAGAUCAUCAGAGCCACGAUGGUAGUUCGAUUGACGGAGGCCACCGCGACCAGUUCUACGACACCAACGACGACACCACCGAGAACCAAAGGCGAGAGCUCCAGCAGAUCAACUUUGAAUUUGUAUUUGCCGUCGGCAAGCUGCAGGCGUCGUUGUUCCGCUCCACCUCCGCGACUUCAGAGAAGCCAUUGGCUGCGGCGUCGCUUGAGGGCUUCGGCCUGACGUUCUUGCAACGCAAGUACGAGAUGUCUGUGGACUUGUUCUUAAAGAACGUGACCCUGGCAAUGCUUGACAACGGCGAGGUUCAGCGGCCACUGCUUUCCUCCGGCGAAGUAACGACUGGUGAUCCAAACGAUGUCAAGCUUGUGCGCGUCAAGUACCUCAAAGUUCAAAAGGAUGCGCCAGACUUCAUGACCAAGCACGAGGGCAUAGACACCAGCAUCGACACUGAGCUGUCAACCUUCGACAUUACUCUGGCACCCGAGCCUAUCCUCUCGCUCUACGACUUCAUUAUGACGACGUUCGUCAGCCAUGAUGAUCCACAAACUCCCGCAGAGGCCCAGGCAGCCCAACAGAGCCAAGAGGCGGUCUCAACUGACAAGAUGCGCAUCCGCGUCAAGCUCACCAGUGCGCAGGUGUCCCUGGAGAACAACGAUCUGCGCUUCGCACUGCUUAGCCUACCUUCGGCGGAUGUAGGGCUAUUGUUACGCGGCGGCACCAUGCGCGUUGCCGCCCGUCUCGGUAACCUCUCACUGCUUGACACGACGGAUGCGAAGGUCGCAGACCCGGCUUUCAAGAAGUUGCUCACAAUUGAAGGUGGUGAGCUGGCCGACUUUAGCUACGAGACAUACAACCCCGAUGACGAGACCUUCCCGGGGUACAACUCGUUGAUCCACCUACGCUCGGGCUCGCUCAAGUUUACCUUCAUGGAGGAUACGCUGCAUAGCCUCAUGGUCUGGCUGUUCAAGUUUGGCCGCAUGAAGGCUGUUUACGACCAAGCGUCGCAGGCCGCAAUGCAGAGCGCUUCAGAGGUCACGCGCAUGCGAUACGAUGUGGUUGUGAAGACUCCCAUCAUUGUCCUACCGAGCGACGGCCAGACUUGCAAGGAUUGUCUCAUCCUUCGUCUCGGUGAGAUCUUCGCCAAGAACAACUAUCUCAACGACAAGAUGGACACGAGCACUAUUGAAGCCAGUCUCACAGGUGUCAGCGUCUUGUCUGAGAUCCACGCCGAUGGCAAGGCGGUCAACAUGCAGCUGGUUGAAGAUGUCGGCAUCACCGCCAACAUCAAGCAGAUUGCGCCCGGCGAGCACAGGACCGACCCUCAUCAGGCGGACACCGAGAUCACGACCGAGAUGUCAGACGUGAAGCUCUCGCUCACCGAGCGGCAGUACGUGUUGGUCAUGAACGUGCUCGAGGCGAUUCCGCGUGCGCUAAGCAGCCUUGACGACGAAGAAGAGGACGACUCGGGUACCUCGACGCCUUUCUCAGAGUCGGCCCCGCCCACUCCUAUUCCUGAGGAGACCUCCACGCCCUCAGAGACACACUCGGACGAUAAUACGACGAGCUUGGUACCCGAACUAGCCAUUACAACCAAGUCGGCUGACGUCUGGACCUCACUGGACCUCGUGUUUAGUGUCAAGUCCAUUGGGAUGGAGCUAUUCGGCCGGGAGGCGCUCUCCGAGGAAGACCUGAAGAAGAACAGCAUCGCGCGCUUUGCCCUGAUUGGCAGCAAUCUGGCUUUCAAGUCACUCUCCAAUGGUGCCAUGGAGGCAGAAUUCACCCUCAGAACCUUGGCCUUCGAGAGCACACGCGUUGGCAACAGUGUAUACCGCGAUAUUGUGCCGCAGUUAGCCAACGAUGGCAAUCAGAUCAUGGUUCAGUAUACCAAGGCUCAGGACGGCUCGGCGCUCGCGAUGGUCACGAUUGACAGUCCUCGGUUCAUUCUCGCCGUCGAGCCACUGGCUGCCCUUCUCGAGUUCGCAGUAGCUCCUUUCAAGAAUACCGAGGCGCCUCCGCCUGAGGAAGAGCCUACUCCCGACGGCCAGACACUGCUCGUCGAGGAGAAGCCGGCGCAAGGCGGACUAUCGUUCCGGAUCGACAUUGUGAACUCCACCGUCAUAGUGUUGGCGGACGACACAGACAAGCAGACGCAGGCUAUUCAGCUCUCCAUUAAGGAGAUCUUGGUGUCGCAAAACAACGUGCUUGCCUUGAAGGUCGACAAGCUGGGCAUGUCGUUCGGACGCAUGGACCAGCCCGACGAUCGCCUGAGCUUCCUCGAUGAUGUGAGCAUGACGUUGACGCUUGAUACUUCUCGGCGCGGAGCGCACCAAAUGACCAUCUUCGACAUCGACGUUCCCGUGCCGGUCAUUUUCCGUGCCUCUGUCAAUAACAUUAUGCUCAUCCUUGAUAUCGUCAACAAGGCCUCCGCCGCGGCUGCGAAGGCGCUGGCGUCCGACCACGCCAUGCUCGAGGCGGAUCAGACGAAGGACAUCGCCCCUGCCAACUCAUCGAUUGUUGCUGCAACCAGCACCACCCAGACAUCACUGGCGCCACCGAGAACCUCGACGCGGCGCGCUUCUGUUAGCCACAGGCGGACUUCGUCCGCGGGCGUGGUCAAGACGCGCAUCCUAGUCUCCAAGGAGCACCUCACCCUUCGCGUGAACGGGUUCCAGUUUGUCCUCGUCGGUGACUUGCAGGAGAUGCCGAUGGUACAUCUCUCCACCAGCGAGUUCACUUGUAUGGUGAAUGACUGGUCUGGAGAGCUGAAGAUGGCCACGUCGCUCACGACAUCGAUGCGGUACUUCAACCUUUCGAACUCUUACUUCGAGCCGCUGCUUGAUCCGUGGAAGUUCGACAUCGAAGUCGCUCGGACACCGACGAUUAACGGCGCGUCCCCGCUUAGUGUUAAGUUGUCGGCGGAUCAGAGGAUGGAGCUGAGCAUCACGUCGGCCUUCAUCGAGCUCGGCAUCACCUCCAUGACGGUGUACAGCAAGCAGCAGGAGAAGCAGAAGGACCGGGGGCCGGUGGCGCCGUUCCGCGUGCGAAACCGCACCGGCAUGCCGAUCACCAUUUGGCCUGAGAGCGACGACCUCUCGUCCAUCCCGUGGCACAAGCGCAAGACAAUCGAGGACGGCGCCGAUAUCCCGUGGUUCUUCCAGGACCGCCAGGCGUUGCGUGACAACGUGUCGGCGUUCCAGCACAAUUCGUUCGGGCUCGAGCUGCCCGACGGCGACGUAAAGUGGGACCCUGUCCGCGGUAUUUCGGUUGAUCGAGAGGGCGAACACAUCCUCAACCUUCGCCCACGCAUUGACAAGGUCACGUUCCAGCUCAUGUGUGACAUUGAGCUCGAGAACAACAUCAAGGUUAUCACGAUCCGCUCAACUUUGACUGUCGACAACGAGUCAAGCUUGCCAGUUGAAAUGAUAGUCGUGGACGCGCAUGGCAAGGCCGCUGGCAGUGUCCUGAAGAUUGAUCCUGGCACCUCGUACCCCGUGCCGUUCGAUGCUGUGUACGAUAAGCGAUUCAGAUUGCGGCCGUUGCGUGGCUUUGGUUUCGACUAUGGCUGGUCAUCACCGCUGCACUGGCGCCAGCUCAUAACGAGGCCGAUUCGUGCGAUCAGCUGCAAGCACAUGACGCCCGAGGAACCCGCAUUCUACUUCCAGGCGCAGGCUAAUUUCAACGCGAAGGAUCCGUCUGCGCGGAUUUAUCCGCGCAUCUCGCUCGUUCUGCGUGCGCCUGUUGAGCUGGAGAACUUGCUGCCGUACGAUCUCAAGUUCCGGAUUCACGACAAGGCCACGAGCAUGAGCUCUAGCAACUUCCUCGUGAAGGGUGGGACGAGUCCCAUCCACACCGUGGAACUGUCUCACCUGCUCCUGCUGAGUGUAGCGCCUGAGGACACGGCGUUCAAGCAGAGUGACUACGCCAUAAUAAACACCGAUGAUCCGGAGCUGCCCAUCGAGGACCAUUUCAGCUUGUCUGAUCAGGCCGGGCUUAAGACGAUGCUUAAGCUCCACUACUACACGUACCCGAACUCAGGUGGCGCCUUCAAGGUGCAGGUAUACAGCCCGUUCAUCCUGCUCAACAAGACUGGCCUGCCGUUUGACCUCAUGGUCAAGGGCACCCUCGGGGGGCAGAAGCCAGUCGCGGGACGCAAGGAGUUUGCAACCGAUUACAAGCGCGAUGAGCCCACGCCGUUCAUGUUCAGCUUCCCGAAUGACGACAGGCGGAACAGGCUGUUCCUCCGCGUCGCAGACUCCAGGCUUUCGCAACCACUGUCCUUCGAACCUUCCGCGGCCGACAUGCAAAUUGUUCUCCCGUCUGAAAAAGGUGACAAGAACUACUACGUCGGCCUCUCGUAUACUGAGGGUUUGGGCAAGUACAAACUCACGAAGGUGAUCACCAUCGCACCGCGCUUCUUGAUCAAGAAUUUGUUCAAGCAUGCCAUUCAGGUGCGGCAGACCUCCGAGCCCCGACCGCUUGCCAUUGUCCAACCGAGCGAGCAGAAGGCCAUCCGCUUCCUGGGCGCCAGGGACGCCAUGCAGCUCCGAAUCGCAUUCGACACUCAGGAUGGGGCCCAGCUAGAUUGGUCGGCCCCCUUCAGCAUCAACGACAUUGGUCGCACCAACAUCCGACUGACGCGUCAAGGACGUAACGGCCCCAAAACAUACUUGGCGCGCAUCAUGACGCACAUGGAAGGCUCGAGCCUGUUCCUGUAUAUGCAGCGCGAAAUGGACCCCUGGCCCAUCAAGCUACGCAAUGACACCGAACUUCCGUUCAUGUUUAAGCAAGCACAGCACCCUGAGGACAACACGGACGCGAGCGUGUUUGUCGAGCGCAAGCUCAUGCCGCACGAGACAGUCGACUACACAUGGGACUGGCCAACAUCUCGCGAGAAGCGGCUGCUGCUCGCUACAGGGGGUAUUGUACUGCCAAGGCCUAUCGACGUAAUGGCUAUCGGCGUGCAACCACCGAUGAAGAUACCAUCCCGCGGCCAAGGCCAGCCCUCGGCCACCAUCACCAUCGACAUCAGCGCCGACGGCAGCUCGCAAUUGCUGGUCAUUGCACCAUAUAACGAGGAGCGAAACGUGUAUAAGGUGUCACGCAAGAGUAGCCGAGAUACUGGCCCGAGCAGGUCGGACAGCCAGGAGAGUUUGGGCACGAUGGGCUUUGAAGCAGAGGCGGCGAGCGACAAGGCCAACUUCCUUGUGCUAGUCGAACUAGAAGGCGUUGGCCUGUCAGUGGUCACCAAGCGCCCUGACGAGCUGCUAUACCUUACACUGCGCGGCAUCCGGUUCGAAUACAAGGACUACCCUGCAUGGUAUGAGGCCUCGUUUGACUGCAAGUGGAUCCAGAUCGACAAUCAGCUCUUCGGUGGCAUUUUCCCCAUCAUUCUGUACCCGACAGUUGUUCCCAAGGACGGCAAGGAGCUCGACUCGCACCCCACGUUGCAGACGAAUCUUGCCAUUCUCAAGGACAACACGCAUGGCGUCUCAUUCGUCAAGUACGCCUCGAUAUUGCUGCAGGCAAUGACGAUCGAGCUGGACGAAGACUUCGUCAUGGCGCUAAUGGACUUCACGAAGUUUAAGGAUGCGACGUGGCGUGAGCCAACUAAGGACGUCCUUAUCGAGUACCCGAAGGGCAUUCCCGAGCCAAACAUGACUGAGCAGCAGAACGAUUUGUUCUUCCAGUCGCUCCAGCUGCAGCCGAUCUCGCUUGAGCUGUCGUUCAUGCGCACGGACCGCGUCAACGUAGAUGAGAAGGUGUCUACACGCAACCCGUUCUACUACGCUCUAAACGCCCUCACCAUGACACUGGGCAACGUGAACGCCGCUCCCGUCAACUUCCGCGCUCUGUUCCUCGACAAUGUCCGCCUCAGCGGGCACGACCUGCAGGAGCGAGUAAUACUUCACUACCAGGAGCAGGCAGUGGCGCAGAUCUAUCGCGUGUUGGGAUCUGCAGAUUUCCUCGGCAACCCUGUCGGCCUGUUCAACAACAUCAGCUCGGGCUUUGCCGACUUCUUCUACGAGCCGUGGCAGGGCUUUGUCAUGCACGGCAACCGCGAUAUUGGCGUAGGCAUCGCGAGAGGUGCCACGAGUCUGGCGAUGAAGACGGUCUUCGGCAUCACCGACUCGAUGACAAAGUUCACGAGCAGUAUUGGCAAGGGUCUAUCAGCGGCGACACUAGACCAGGAGUACCAGACAAAGCGGCGCAUGGCACAACGGCGCAACAAGCCUAAGCACGCACUAUACGGUGUGGCCGCUGGUGCGAGUGCUUUCGCAGACUCUGUUACGAGUGCAUUUGAAGGCGUGGCGGCGAUGCCAAUGGAGGGUGCGGAGAAGGGAGGCGCAGCUGGCUUCGCCAGAGGUGUCGGUAAGGGCUUCGUCGGCCUGUUCACCAAACCGGUGGUUGGCGUGAUGGACUUCAUCUCCGCCUCAACUGAGGGAAUUCGCAACACAACGACAGUUUUCGACACGAACGCGAUUGACCGCGUGCGUCUUCCGCGCUUCAUCGCGAACGACGCAGUGCUGCGCCCAUACUCUGCGCGCGAAGCUCUGGGCCAGUCAUGGCUCAAGGAUUUGGACGCCGGCGCAUAUUUCUCCGAGAGCUAUGUCGCGCACCUCGACAUUCCAGGGGACGAUGCGGUUGCGAUCCUGAGCAACAACCGGCUGCUGUACGUCCAGCUCCGCCGGAUGCGAGUAAUCUGGCAGGUGAGCUUCGAUGAACUGCAGAGUCUGUCGUUGGAGGCGUCGGGCAUCGCCUUGGUGUUGCGCGGGGGUACCCCAGGCCCUUUCUUGCCGAUUGCCGAGCAGACAGGGCGUGAGUGGUUCUUCCGCAAGAUCGCCAAGGUUGUCGAGGCGUAUAAUAAGAGCCACAGUGCACGGGAGGAUGUAGGAUAGAUAGAGGACUAGAACGAUGCAGCACUACUUGAUCCCGGAAGCCGGAGUCAAGGGCAUCACCUGCAG